UGUCGCUCGAAUAUAUCGUCACUGGUAUGUAAUCAUCAUGCGCUCUUUAAACAAAAAAAAGAAAACACGUGUGAUAGCUACUUGUCAACUGAAGAUAAUUUCCAGGACAGGAUGAGUGAGGAGUCAGAGCGUCUGUUGAUCCAAUUUCAAGAUGAGGGUGGCGAGGCCUUGGGGUCCCCCUUUGAUGUGCCUAUGGACAUCACCCCAGACAAACUACAGCUCGUCUGUAAUGCACUCUUGCAGAAGGAGGAGCCGGUGCCGUUGGCGUUCUUCGUGAACGAGGCGGAGAUCGUGUCGUCGCUCCGCGUGUGUGUCCAGGCGCUGGACCUGGAGACGGAGCGGGUGCUCCCGGUGGUGUACCAGCCCCAGGCCGUGUUUCGAGUCCGCGCGGUCGCCCGCUGCACCAGCUCCCUGCAGGGACACACUGAGGCCGUCAUCUCUGUCGCCUUCAGCCCCACGGGAAAGUACUUGGCCAGUGGGUCGGGGGACACGACGGUGAGGUUCUGGGACCUGACGACAGAGACGCCUCACCACACCGCCAGAGGACACACUCACUGGGUUCUCUCAAUUGCCUGGUCGCCUGACGGCAGGAAGUUGGCCUCGGGGUGCAAGAACAGCCAGGUGUUCCUGUGGGACCCCAACACGGGACAGCAGAUCGGGAAGGCCCUGACUGGACACUCCAAGUGGAUCACAUGGCUGUGCUGGGAACCGCUGCACCUUAACCCAGAGUGCCGGUAUCUGGCCAGCUCCUCUAAAGACUGCACGGUGCGUAUUUGGGACACGGUCCUGGGGCGCUGUGAGAAGAUCCUGACGGGGCACACUCAGUCAGUCACUUGUGUGAAGUGGGGGGGAGACGGCCUCCUCUUCACCUCUUCUCAGGACCGCACCAUCAAAGUGUGGAGAGCCAAAGACGGGGUGCAAUGCCGCACCCUGCAGGGCCACGCCCACUGGGUUAACACCCUGGCGCUCAGCACGGACUACGUUCUCCGGACCGGAGCGUUCGAUCCCGCAACCGCCACCAUCAACGCCCAGGAUCUCACUGGGUCACUGGAGCAGCUGAAGGAGAAAGCCCUGCAGAGAUAUAACAGUGUGAGGGGUCAGGGGGCGGAGCGGCUGGUGUCGGGCUCUGAUGACUUCACGCUGUACCUGUGGAACCCGGCGGAGGACAAGAAGCCCCUGGCGCGCCUCACGGGGCACCACGCCCUCAUCAACGAGGUGCUCUUCUCCCCCGACACGCGCCUGCUGGCCAGCGCCUCCUUCGACAAGUCCAUCAAGAUCUGGGACGGCAAGACGGGCAAGUACCUGAGCUCCCUGAGGGGGCACGUGGCGGCCGUGUACCAGGUGUCCUGGUCGGCGGACAGCAGGCUUCUGGUGAGCGGGAGCAGCGACAGCACCCUGAAAGUGUGGGACGUGAAGACGGGCAAGCUGAGCGUGGACCUGCCUGGGCACGCCGACGAGGUCUUUGCUGUGGACUGGAGUCCAGAUGGACAGAGAGUGGCCAGCGGUGGGAAAGACAAGUGUCUAAGGAUAUGGAGGAGGUAGUUCUUCAGCAGUUAUCUGCACUGUGCAAAAACUUCACCAGCCUGGUGCCUCGCAACCCGGCAUCACCGUGCAUCACCAACGGACCGCUAAAGGGACAUUUUAAAGGAGCUCAGAGUGAACCUAAUCCUUUACCCACAACGCACCUCUCUGCCCAGUGAUAAAGACCUUCACUGCCUCGAGGUCAAGUCAUGUGAGGGUAAUUGAACCACUGCUUCUCCAUGAUGAUCUUCACUUAAUCCUUACUGUCUUUGGAGGUGAUGUCAUACAUGGAAAUUGAUAUGGAUGAAGUUGCAAGCUCAUCUUUGCUUUGUAUAAAUGUCUCUAUAUUUACUCAUUUUCUGAGUAAAUGCAUAUAAAAUACGGACUCCCCCAUUGUUCGCUACUUCUCAUUCCUGUUUUGAAUAAAUGCACCAGUCCAGUC